AUGAGCGCCAUUGAAACACUUAUUCCAGUCACCCAGAAGGCACCGAACGUAUGCGGUUACUGUAGAACAAGGAAGCAGGCUUGUGAUCGUACAAUACCGAGUUGCUCUAGAUGUACUGCGAAAGGUCAAUACUGCGACUACACGCCAUCACCACCUCAACCAAUCACCACAACCGAACCCUCGAUCUUGCAGUCGGGCACAUUCGCACCUUACCUGUCGUCUCGUGGCGUCUGGGAGCUCCUGCAAAGUGUGACUGCAACCUUGCACGCUACAUCUGAUCCAAUCGCAAGAUCAAAGCUCUCAGACUUUGUCACCGACAUUCUGGACCUGGCUAAUGUCGAUUUUCCUUCCGCACUCGACAACUUUGGUCUGUCUGUUCAGCAAUGGUGUCCAAUUCUCUCUGAUGAUGUCUUUCGUCAAUGUGCAGAAGUCAUUGUGGGUGACUACCCGCUGCUGGCGUUGGGCGUGUGGCUUGUUACCAGGACAGCCCUUGGGCACCCUGAACACUUCUAUGGCUGCCAAUUAUAUCAAGCUCUGAAACAGGUCAUGGCUCUGCUUCAGACACGAAGUGAAGUGAAGGUACAGGCGUUGCAGUUCAGUUUGUUGACAGCAGUAUAUGAGGUGGGCCAUGGCAUGGGUAGACAAGCAUUCCAGACGUUGGGAAACUGUAAAUCGAUGAUGGCCCUGCUACAACUUGACGCCCACCGCAACAACGACAUCAAGGUACUGGGAUUCGUCGAGUGGCUACAAGCCUCCUUGGUCAUGCUAGAUCGAAUCCUCUUCAUCGCAGCUCCAUCCAUCUCCCUCCCGCUAACCUUCCCCCCAGCGGAUCCAAUUUGCACCUCCAUGUCCGCCAAAUAUCAACCUCCCAUCCCACCGCAAUCUUCAACCUUUUCCCCAACAUCUCCCCGAAAAGUGCAUAUCCGCACCGUCGCCGCCCUCGCCUCCGGCCACGCCCUCGACUACAUACACGCUCGGCAGCGGAGCCUCACACCCAACGAUUCUUACGACGCAGUCGAUAACCAAAUCUCAGAUUGUAUCAAGAUGCUAGUCGACAAACCACAGCCACACACAUGGCUGCACUGUGACGCUAUCGCUUUAGCAUUCUGCUCGCACAUCUUGCUGCAGCAAGCUCAGGUGCACUAUUUAGCCGCGCCUCCGCAACCAAUUGAGCUACAUGAGCAGCAGGAGAAAGCAAGUCUGGCGCUGAAGUACUCGAGGGUUAUGGUAUGGGACAUGGUGAAAGUCGUCAUCAACAAGAUUCGAAGCGAAGAAGAAGUGGCGAGGUUGCCAUUUGCGGGGCUAUGCUGCGUAUUGCGAGCCGGAAUGGCGGUGUUGGAGACUACUGCACUCAAUGUAUACGAUGUGAUGUCGAGAGAGGAAGUUGACGGGUUUCAGAGAAUAGUAAGCUGGUUCGCUAAACAAUGGGGAGUGGGCAGGCAGUAUGAAGCGAGGUUGGCGCAUUUGGUGAAGUGA